GUGCGGAGAGCGACCGCGAGAGAGAGCGUGAGCUGCUGGCUUCAGCAGGAGAAUGCCAUUGUGAUGAAUAUUUACGGCACUUUUUUGAGAGCCAAUUAUCUGUUCGUGUGAGUCAUAGAGAUCAUCUGGGCUGCGAACAUGCAGGAGGGAGCUCUGGAGCGCUCACGAUCUCAGAGACGAUGGAGGAGAGGAGCAGCGCAAAGCUACAUCGCAGCCAGGUGGGAAGAUGCAGGAAAUUGGUCUGACCUGUGAAGGAACUCUGGCCAGUAGCAGCCUGUAGGAUCAGCAGUACACAACACAGCAAAUGGUCAUAUGUCUUCUGGUUCUCUCAAUGUUAACCUUCAGCACCAUCGGACUCCCUGCUUCAAAGACCUGUGACUUCAGCAGAAGGCUUUCAGUAAGAGCUUCGCCAUCAUGAGGCGGAUCUGGAAGUACCUGGACAAGAUGAGGUGUUUCCGGAAACGCUCCACCAUCCCUCUGCUCGGUGUACUGAUCACCUGUCUCCUCUUUGUUAACCUGUAUAUGGAGGACGGCUACAUGCUGGAAGACGACAAAAGGCAGCUGAGAGAGACCGCUAUACACCAGCUGAAUUCCGAACGAUACGUCCACACCUUUAAAGACCUCUCAAAUUUUUCUGGAACCAUAAAUGUUACAUAUCGCUACCUGGCAGGAUCACCACUGCCAAGAAAAAAGUAUCUGACCAUUGGACUGUCCUCUGUAAAGAGAAAAAGAGGGAAUUAUCUAAUGGAGACAAUUAAAUCGAUUUUUGACCAGUCCAGCUAUGAGGAGCUGAAAGAGAUCGUGGUGGUGGUUCACCUGGCGGACUUUGACCUGGCCUGGUGUGAGAGCCUAGUGCAGGACAUCUCCAGGAAGUUUGGCCACCACAUCAUCGCCGGGAGACUGCUGGUUAUUCACGCCCCUGAGGAGUACUACCCAUCGCUGGACGGACUGAAGAGAAACUACAACGACCCUGAGGACCGGGUCAGGUUCCGGUCCAAACAGAACGUGGACUACGCCUUCCUCCUCAACUUCUGUACCAACCUGUCUGAUUUCUACAUGAUGCUGGAGGAUGACGUGCGCUGUGCGAAGAACUUCCUCACUGCCAUGAAGAAGGUGGUCACCUCCAGGGAGGGGUCCUACUGGGUGAUGCUGGAGUUUUCCAAGCUGGGCUACAUCGGGAAGCUGUACCACUCGAAGGACCUGCCUCGGCUGGCCCACUUCCUCCUCAUGUUCUACCAGGAGAUGCCCUGCGACUGGCUGCUCAUCCAUUUCAGGGGUCUUCUGGCCCAGAAGGACGUGAUCCGGUUCAAGCCCUCCCUCUUUCAGCAUAUGGGCUAUUACUCCUCCUACAAGGGAGCAGAGAACAAGCUGAAGGACGACGACUUCGAGGAGGACUCAUUUGACAUUCCCGACAACCCUCCUGCCAGCCUGCACACCAACAUCAACGUGUUCGAGAACUACGACGCCACCAAAGCCUACAGCAGCGUGGACGAGUACUUCUGGGGCAAAGCCCCCUCCACUGGAGACUUCUUUGUGAUCGUCUUUAACAAAGCGACUAGGAUCAGCAAAAUCAAGAUCGUCACAGGGACAGACGAUCGGCAAAACGAUAUUUUGCAUCACGGAGCCUUAGAGGUCGGGGAGAAGCUGGUGGGGACCAAAAAAGGCAAGCAGUGCUCCUCGUAUAUCACUUUGGGAGAGUUUAAGAGCGGCAACAUCGAGGUCCACGAGGUGGACCACAAGAUCUCAUUUGACAUUGAAUGCGUCAGAAUCAUGGUCACAGCCAGUCAGAAAGAGUGGCUGAUUAUCAGAAGUAUAAGCCUAUGGACUACACAGCCAGCGAGUCAGUGAGUCACUGACUGAGUCCCCUACCAUGAACACAGCACCAACAAACAAUUUAUUUAUGUAUUUAUUCAUUUAGUUAUUUGUCUGUUUAUUUAUUGGUAUGAAA